AUGGUGUCUUCCUCGGCCUAUGUGACGACGCGGCUCAACCAAACGGUUGCCAUUCGUCCCAACACGAGCCGCCUCCCGACCGACAAGCUGCCGCCGUCGAGUACGCUCAUUUCGCUCUUUCAGCGGACGGUCAAGCGGUACGGGUACCAAAAAGCGCUCCACGAGAAGCGCAAGGACACGUGGUGCGUGGGCAUCUACCUCGGCACGACCAACGAUCUCUGCCAGUACAUUUGCGGCCACUCGGAAGCGCGCAUUGUCGUCUGUGACAGCGUUGCGCAGCUCGAAAAGUUCAUUGCGAUGAAGCCGUACCUGCCACGGCUCAUGGCCCUCGUGCUAUAUGGCAAGCGCGUGCCCACGACCCUCCGGUCGCCGAUUCCCGUGUACGGCUGGGACGCCUUCGCGAUCCUCGGCGACGACAUCACGCGGGGUACACUCAAGCGCCGCAUGGAGAGCGUCGAGCCGGGCCACUGCGCAGCCUUGGUCUACACGAGCGGCACGACCGGUCUCCCCAAGGGUGUCAUGAUCUCCCACGACAACUUUUGCUUCAACGCAUGGUGCAUGGACAAGAGCAUUGACCGCGACUACCACACGCGCUUGAGCAACCGCGACGUGCUCGUGUCGUACUUGCCGUUGGCACACAUCACGCCGCAGCUCAACGACAUCAUCUUGCCCCUCGUCAUUGGCUACGAAGUUCACUUUGCUCAUCGGGACGCACUCCGUGGCGGUCUCGGCAAGAUUAUCAAGGAGAUUCGCCCGACACGCUUUUGCGGUGUUCCGUACAUCUGGGACAAGAUGGCCAUCAAGAUGCGGGACCUGCACGGCAAGUCGCGCGGCCUCAAGAAGCAGCUCGUGCACUUUGCGACGUCGCGUGCGAUCAAGAAGACGCGCAUCUCGCAGUACGGCCAACACGGCGGGCCGCCCUGCGGUGUCGGGAUCGCUGAAAAGCUCGUGCUCUCGCGCGUCAAGGCCUCGCUGGGCCUCGACCGCUGCAAGACAUUUUCGGUCACGUCGGCGCCGCUCCGGUCCGAGACCCUCGAGUUCUACGGCGGGCUCGACAUUCCCAUCAUGGAGUUUUUCGGUCAAACCGAGACAGGCGGCUUGGCAACAAUGAACGUGCUGCACUGCUGGAAGAUGGGCUCGGUGGGUCGACCACUCCUCGGGACAGAGAUGCGCGUUACCAAGGACUCGCACGAGCUGCUCUUCCGCGGCCGGCACGUCAUGAUGGGCUACCUCAAGCGCGACCAAGACACGAAAAAUGUGAUCGACGAAGAGGGCUGGCUCUACUCGGGCGACACGGCUGUCAUCGACGAAGAUGGGUUCGCGACGAUCACGGGUUCCAUUCCCGAGACGAUCCGGACCGCCGGUGGCGAGCGGAUAUCGCCGGUUGCACUCGAGAACAUUCUCAAGGCCGAGAUUCCCCUCCUCUCGAACGUCAUGGUCAUUGGCGAGCAGCGCGAGUUUCUGCUGGCACUCUUUACGCUCAAAGUGCUCGUGGACGAAGAGGGUCGCCCGACGCCGACGCUCGAGGACGACGUGCGAGAAAUGUGUGGCGUCCUCGGCUCCCGGGCGAAGACGGUCGACGAUGCGAAGCGCUGCCCCAAGGUCCAAGCAUAUUUGGACGACCGGCUCGCGGAUGUCAACAAGACGACGAGCCAGCUCUUUUCGUUUGGCCACUACAUCGCCAAGUAUGCGAUCCUCGACAACGACUUUAGCGUCGCGGGCGACGAGCUCACGCCGACGCUCAAGCUCAAGCGGUCGCGUGUCCUUGAAAAGCACGCGGCAGUCGUCGACGCCAUCUACGAGAUGUAA